AUCACCAUAACCGUUACUUUUGGGACGUCUGACUGAUUUUCCUGAAGGAUUCAGCGGAGUAAUUUAUAAAAGGGCGAACAACCAAAGGUUACGACCUUUACUGACAAAGAUGGCUGCCAUCGUGCGAAAAUGUUACUCUGAUUUUUCUCGAUUCUUGGCCCCGUUUUCUCCUUCAGGUUUAACCACUCUUAUUGGGGCACCACUCUCUGUGUUUGGGGUGAGAUGGGCCUCCAAGAAGCAAGGAAGCAGCACUGCUGUGAGACCCAGAAAACACAGGGGCAAGGGACUUGGUCUGAAAAUACGGGAAGGUGAAUAUGCGCAAGCAGGAAGCAUCAUUGCAAUACAGAGGGGAUACAAGUGGCAUCCUGGCGCUUUUGUUGGGACCGGUCGUAAGAACACUCUGUAUGCACUAGAACCAGGAUAUGUGCGCUUCACCAAGGAGGUUCUCCGGCCACACUUCAACAGCCACUUGUACCGGUGUGUGGUCAGAAAGAUAGAGCCAGAAGAGAGGGAAAACGUCGUCAGGACUUUUGUACAUGUUGUUCCAGAGCCUCAAGUUGGGAGAUUCAAACUCGUCAAGAUGAUAUAGUGUUGUUUAUUAAAGAUGAAAUUUAAAGUGUGGAAGUAAAUAUGAUUUCAAUGAAAAUUUAUUUGUUUGUAGCAGUGUAAAAAAUGAUGAUAGAUUGAUAAUAGAUACGGGACAGAUGGACAGUAAAAGGCACUAAUGUCCUUGACAAUAUUAGUGCUCCAAACACAAGAAAUAAAAACAACACUUUUUUUUAUUAAUGA